AUGGAGCCGGCCGGCGCUCUGGAGGAUGUGUACGUCCUAGUGGAGUACGAGUUUGAGUAUGUGGCUAAGGACGGGACGCUCAUUUCCAUAAAGCCCAACGAGCGGUACGUCCUGUUGAGAAGAACAAACGAUCACUGGUGGCAUGUUAAAAAAAGCAAGGACGCCCGUCCAUUCUACAUCCCGGCAAAAUACGUGAAGGAACUGCCCCCAGUCACCCGGCCCACCAGUGUGUUUGAGCUUCCUCCAGAAACCCCUGGACAGCUGGUCUCCAGGGACGCCUUGGAGACAAUUGUCCUACAGCCAGCCAGGGCUGGCCAGGACCAGCCUUUGGCAUAUGAGUACAAAUUCCUGAGCGCUGCUCAGCAGAAAGAGCAGCACAAAAUGGAUACCAAUGAACCCGACACUGACUUGGGGGCUGGGUCCAUCUGGUCAGGGUCUGGAACUCUGGGGCCCACCUGCAAAGACGCCAGCUUCGAAGGCGAGACCCUGACUCGAGCCGUAGGAGAGGGGAAAGACUCCCCUCCAGUGCUGAGCUCAUUUCACAACCCUCACUGCGCAAAGAGGAGCAGCCACUCUCCGGCGCUGCACAUCCCCCCCAGCGAGCACAUGCGCCCGACGCAGUCCCUGGAUGACCUGGCCAGGGUCACCCCCAGCCCCCAACGUAGAGUCAGUCACACGGGGUCACGCAGGGCGGGGACCACAGCGGGCUCUUUGCUUUCCCCGCGGCCUCUCAGUAAGAGCCAAUCUGAGAACAUUUAUGAAUCCAUCAAGGACCUGGAGAGACAGGAGAAGGCAGGGUCCAGCCAGCCAGCUCAGGCCUGCCAGGAGGAGGAGAAGAACCCCACCCCAGUGUAUGUGAACAUACAGGAGCUCCGGCAGCAAUCAGCAGCCACUGACCCCUCCCCACCCCAGCACUGCCCUAGCAGUGUCCUUGCGGACUGGGAGACCCAUACGGACACGGGCAGUGGGCACUUGUUCUACUACAACUCUGUGACGGGCGAAACCACCUGGGAUUCCCCGUUCGGGUGCCCAGAAGAUGGAGUGAGUCCUGCUCCCUCUCCCUCGCCAUCUCUUGCCCCCAGUCCCGCGGCGGCCGAAUGGGGCCAGUAUGUGGAUGAUGCCAGCGGCGAGGUGUUUUUCUAUAAUUCGGUAACGGGUGAGACAUCGUGGGAGCCGCCUCCGGCUGCGGACGAGCCCAGCACCCAGGAGAUGCAGCCUGCAAUUGCACAGUACGGACCCAUGGACCAGAGGCCGCCGACUCCGGAAACGGACUAUCCGGACCUGUCCCCUGAGGAGCUGGACGGUUACCCGGAGGAGGACUAUUCUCCGGUGGGGUCCUACGAGCAGAGCACCUACCCUUACCUUCUGCCAGGGAGAUCCCCCAGGCACUCGGCAGAGCUGAGCCCCUCUCCAGGCUGGUGCAGCCAGAACAACCCCGAGGGGCAAGCCUUCUACCCUGACCAUUAUGCCUCGGACACGGUCUCUGUGCCAGGGGGCCGCCGGAGAGCGAGCAGUGGGUCCAGCCAGGACAGCAGCCCCUUUGCCAGCUGGCACAACUCUAUGCCGGCCAUCCUCAUCCAGAAAGAGGAGAAGUUCAAAAGCCUGGACAAGGCCGGAGUUCUUUACCGGACAAAAACAGCUGAUAAAGGAAAGCGAUUACGGAAGAACUGGAGCUCAUCCUGGACUGUCCUGGAGGGGGGCAACUUGACCUUUUUUAAGGAGUCGAAGCAUUUGUCUUCCAGCAGCUUGAAACACCCUUCCAUGCUGACCACACCCGAGCAUACUGUGGAUCUGCGGGGGGCUGCCGUGUCCUGGGCUCCCAAAGAGAAAUCCAGCAAGAAGAACGUUCUGGAGCUGAAGACCCGCGACGGUUCCGAGUUCUUGAUCCAGCACGACUCUGAGCCCAUUGUGGCCACGUGGCAGAAGGUGAUCGCCGACAGCAUCGGCAAGCUGUCCACAGACUUUCCUACUCACGACGAGAACGGAAAUGUUGGGGACUUUGGAGCCAAGGAGAGACUGGGAAACAACAAAGACGAAGACAAAAAGAAUCCAGCCUUCGGGCCGGCGGCCAGUAGCCUGGGCUCCGAGAGCGACACCAGCAAAGUUCGGAACAGGCUGCGAAAGCUCCUCCAGAAACGGCCCCCUCUGCAGUUCCUGCGGGAGCGAGGGUACAUCAAAGACCAAGUGUUUGGCUGCUCCUUGCAAGCGCUGUGCGAGCGGGAGCAUGGCACGGUGCCGCGGUUUGUGCAGCAGUGCAUCCAGACGGUGGAACACAGAGGUUUGGACAUUGAUGGACUUUAUCGAAUAAGUGGAAAUCUGGCAACUAUACAGAAACUGCGCUACAAAGUGGACCACGAUGAAAAUCUGGACCUGGAUGAUGGCCGGUGGGAGGAUGUCCACGUCAUCACGGGGGCUUUGAAGCUCUUCUUUCGGGAGCUGCCAGAGCCGCUCUUCCCAUUCAGCUACUUUGACAAAUUCAUCACUGCGAUAAAAAUAUAUGACCAGGCGAAGCGCAGCAAGUGCAUCCGUGACCUGGUGUGUUCCUUACCUGAGGCCAACCGCGACACCAUGAAGGUUCUCUUCCAGCACCUCUGCCGUGUGAUCGACUACAAGGAGCAGAACCGGAUGUCUGUGCAAAGCGUGGCGAUCGUGUUUGGGCCCACUCUCCUGAGACCAGAGACCGAGGAAGUAAACAUGGCAAUGCACAUGGUCUUCCAAAACCAGAUAGUGGAACACAUCUUAAAUCAGUACAGCUACAUCUUCCCAGACAGCUAAGCCUGGUGGCGAGCCAGAGCCUACAGUGAAAGCAAGGAGCAGAGUCCCUGGGAUGGACCGUGGCGGCUGCUAGUGUGUGACACUGAAUUGUCCCAGCCUGGACUACAGACAAUAGUGGCGACAAUCCUUAAUAAAUUGGCAGUGCUGAUGCUGGACUGCAGCUACCUGGGAUGACUUGUGCCAUUGGCCACUGGAGCCAUGUGACCAGUGCGCCUCCUUGAGAGAUGGGAAAACAGAGUCAGAGAAAACAGGCACCAGAUCGGUCAUUCUGCAAAACACUCCUGCUCGCCGGGGUUGGUACCAGGCUGUUCCCUGGGAGAAUGGCCCCAGGAGAGCACAGGGCCUCUCAGCUUUCGGCUGUCCAGCUGCUGAGAGGGGAGGGUCCUCCGUGGGGCUGUGCACUUUCACUUCGCUACAAGUGAAAGCAGCCCAGGCAGGUACUGGAGAAGGGGCGGGACAACCUAACAGAUAGUGAAGUGGGGACAGCAUCAGCUGUCCGCCCCAUGCCUGCACCACUGGAACUG